AUUAAUAUCUCUCUCUCUCUUCAAUUAAUUUCGUCCAUAAAGAAAUCGUUGCAUAUUUUGUAUUUUCUUGUAGCCAUGUCUGACACCUCUGAAUCCGAAUUCCUUUCAAGUACUUCAACCCGGUUCGUCCAUUCAGUAGCCGGGUCGGGUCGGAUCCUCCCUUCGUCCUCAACCCGUAAUUGGAACUCAAUCGACCUCGAUUUCAAUCUCCUCCCUCAACUCACCGACCGAUUCCACUCACUCCCCUCAAAAUUCUCAAAAUCGGUCGAUUUCAACCUAACCAUUUCCGACAAAACCCACUUCAAACGCUGCGUUUCGAUCUCAAUUUUCUUACUCCUCCUCCUUAUUCCACUAUCAAUUCUGCUUCCACAUUCUCUCACACACAGCAAACACACACCAGAUCACCCACCUCCCAAGAAUCUCACUCUUGCUUUGAACCAAGCCCUUCUCUUCUUCGAUGCACAAAAGUGUACGUACGUUAUACCUGGCAGUUUACCGGAGAAUAGUACGAUGAAGUUUCGUGGAAAUUCAGGUUUAGAUGAUGGGAGAGAAGGUGGUGGUAUUAAUGCAGAUCUUGUGGGAGGGUUUUAUGAUUCAGGGAAUAAUAUUAAAUUCAGCUUUUCUACAGCUUAUACAGUCACGCUUUUAAGCUGGACAGUUAUUGAAUAUCAACAGAAAUAUGCAGAUAUUGGAGAGCUUGAUCAUAUUAAAGACAUAAUUAAAUGGGGAAGUGAUUAUUUGCUCAAACUUUUCAUUCCUCCUAAUUCAGAUAAUUCAGCCCUUUUAUUGAUCUCUCAGGUAGGAGGGAGUGGCGAAAAUCAAGAAAACGACGUUAGUUGUUGGCAAAAACCGGAAGAUAUGAAUUAUACUAGGCCGGUUUCGGUUUGUGACGACACAGCGGCUGACCUGGCAGGGGAAAUUGUUGCGGGAUUAUCGGCUGCUUCAUUAAUUUUUAGCGACGAGGAAGAUUAUUGUCAUAAACUAGUCGAAUCGGCAGAAAAAUUGUUCGAUUUAGCGACGAGGCGGGACCCUUCUCGUAAACUAAGAACGUACACUGAAAAAGACGAUGAUUGUGGAAAUCGAGCUAGAGAAUUCUACAAUUCGUCUAGCUAUAUGGAUGAAUUGGUUUGGGGGGCAACUUGGUUAUUUUUCGCAACGGGUGAGGUUAGUUAUCUGAAAUACGCGACGGAUAAUUUCGAUGCGGCUGAGGAGGAAGAAUUGUCGUCGGAAAAAGGGGUGUUUUAUUGGAACAAUAAGUUGACAGCUAAUGCGAUUUUGCUGACAAGAAUUAGGUAUUUUAUGGAUCUUGGAUAUCCAUAUGAAGAUGCAUUGUCUACAAACAGGACUGAUUUGCUCAUGUGUUCUUAUCUUUCUUCUUAUGAUCACAAGCUGAGUGUGACAAAUGGUGGAUUAGUUCUCCUAAAACCAGAUGCAGGUGCACCACUCCAGUAUGCUGCAACUGCAUCUUUCCUCAGUAAACUAUACAGUGACUAUCUUCACCUCCUAGGAAGAACACUUGGCAGUUGCACUACUGCCGUUUUCUCCGCUGACGAGCUGCAAAAUUUCGCGAUUUCCCAGGUUAAUUACAUAUUGGGAGACAAUCCUAUGAAGAUGAGCUACAUGGUAGGGUACGGUGAACGUUACCCUAAUCACGUCCACCACAGAGGAGCAUCGAUCCCUUUGGACGGCAAAAAACACUCGUGUUCUGAAGGGAACAAAUACUUAUAUUCGAAGAAAGAAAAUCCGAAUAAUCUAGUUGGAGCAAUGGUUGUGGGGCCAGACGAAGACGACCUUUUCUUGGACGAUAGAGAUAAACCAUGGUUCACCGAGGCGAGUAUAUCGAGCAAUGCUGGUUUAGUGGCUGCACUAAUCGCGGUUCAUAAUCCUACGGUUAAGUCUUUCGAUUUCAGUAAUGGUAUAGACAAAAUUGGCAUCUUUCGAAACGUCCGUUUGUGACUUUUUCAAAAGUGUUUGUCGAUAAAUUCGACGAUUUUGGAGUAAAUGUGAAUUAUGUGUAUUGAUAAACAAUUAUGUGAGGUACAAGAAAGAAAGUUAUCAACUAGAAAAGAUAGAAAGUUAAUUAGGGUACUAUUUUACAUGUUUGUUUCAACUGU